CAACAUGCAGCGGCCGUAUAAACGUCGAUAUCUCCGCUCAAAUAAUAUGCAUGAGGCGUUUCACGGCGAUUUCGAAUACGUGAUAACAAAGAAGGAGCCACCUCGGGUAUGCUUCGGGACUGGAUUACAGCGAGAAGUGCUACCACAAUCUGGCCCCUGCUUAAAUCCUUUUAUGAGACGUAUCGCUAGAGAGAUCCAACCCAAUGUGGGUCCGGCCUCUUAUAAUGAAACUCGAGACGCAUUUUCCCGUAUAACACAAAGGAUAUACAGCAAGCUAUAUUACGGAUCGAAAACACCACGUUGGAAGGAAAAACAUGAAUAUCAACCACCGCCGAGGGAAAUCCCACCGGAAAAGCCUAUCCCGAAAAACUGUGCCCCAUUCAACUCCCUCUCCAAAAGGAAACCGUUAUUCACACCUAAGGACUAUCCCGCACCCUGCGACUACUAUCCUGAAUGCAAAAGGAAAACAUUAAAUUUUGCCUAUAGUUUCUCUGGCAAAAAAACAUUAAGAUGCGCGGUUGAGAUUAAAUGUGUACCGUACAAUUUGGAUGUUUGUGCCGCGUGUGGACGGUCAUGCUCCGCUCAGGGUGACUAUUGGCAAUACGAAAACAGAAUAUUCCUUUGCAGAAAACAUUAUUCCAGAUUUUUCACGCAUUGCCUAGCAAAGUUCCAGGGUUAUAAACUCGCUGAAUUCAAGCCAAUCCGAGAUUGCUUUUUCGCGCAUGCCCAUAAUAGCUGCAAGGCCGCAUUGAAGAUUAUGAAAGUUCAAGAAAUACAGAAAAAACUCAGAAAAGAGGCUUAUUUAGACUUAUACUUCCCUCAGAGACGUCAGUGUAGUAAUCAUUAGAAAAUUUAAACGU